AUUGCUCGCUCGCGCUCUCUGAUUACGCUCUCUUUUCCAGUUUCCGCCAUGUAACCCAUUUUACCCAAACCUAAGCACUCCCCUUCUAACUCUUCUUUUUCUCUUUCAAUCUCUUUGAUAAAAAAAAAAAAAUUAUAAGGAGAGAGAGUUUUCCUUCGCACAUUCUCAUGCAAAGCAUAAAUAUAAUGGAGGAGGAAUUUCUGAAACGUAACACCGAUUGCGUAUAUUUCUUAGCCUCUCCUCUUACUUGCAAGAAGGGAAUUGAUUGUGAGUAUCGACAUAGUGAAAUUGCCAGGCUCAACCCUAGGGACUGCUGGUACUGGUUGGCUGGGAACUGUAUUAAUCCAACUUGUGGUUUUCGGCACCCUCCCUUGGAUGUGCACACUCAAGUGUCAUCUGAAUCUGCUGCAUUGCCAUACCAAUGUUCUGCACCAGCCUGCAAGACCAAUGUUCCUUGUUACUUUUACUUCAAUGGUUUCUGCAAUAAAGGCGACAGAUGCUCUUUUUUGCAUGGUCCUGAUGACAAUGCCAUUACCGGAAAUGCUUUGAAGACUGAUGCUCUUCCAAUGGACCAGAAGAAAUCCUUUGAAAAUGAUGCUGGAGCAGUUCCAACAGAAAGACAUCCCAAUCCAUCUAAAAUGGCCCCAAAGCCUAGCAAGGAGAUGGGUGCGCAGCUUAAAAAGGACCUCCAACAAUCAAACCCGAAAACCAUGCCUCAAAAGAGUGUCUCUCCAAAAAUGUCUGUAAUUGAAUUUGAAGAAUCUGUUUUUGUUGAGUCAGGCUCCUUGCUUCUAAAGGAUGGCAUUACUGAAAGCAGAUCUCCUAUUUGCACAGAUAAAAGUUCAGAAGAGCAAGUAGAUGACCAUGUUGACCCAGAGGAGCGGUGGGAGUCCUCCCCAGGUUUUGAUGUUCUUGUGGAUAACAAAUCAGAGGAUUUGGAUUAUGAGAAUGAUUCAGAGUAUCUACCGGUCCCUGAGGAGGAGCAGAUGGAGCACUUCUUGAGUUAUGAUUAUGAAGAUUCUGUUCAGCAUGAGGCUAGGUACCCCAAAGUAGAACUCCCGCAUGACCGAGAUGUAUAUGAUGCUUAUGAAGGUUCAGACAAUGAGUUUAUUUCUGAUAAUGCGAGGAACCCUCCUGCUUACCCCAUAGAUAGAAGGCUGGAUUCCAUAUUUAUCCACAAGAGAAGAAGACUCUCACCUGAACUGUCAGAUGAUGAACAGAUGGGUGAUGAUCUUAGAGACUAUUUGAGUAAACGCAGGGUAGUUGAGGGCAAUCCCCCUAAUUUCUUGUCAAGAAUGUCCGAGUAUUCUCAUCUGAUUGGUCGAAGUUCAGAAAGGCCUCAAAGGUAUAUAAUGGGUGGGAAACUAAGGGGAAGAUUAGCAUCAAAAGUGGGGAAGCACUCUUUUGAAUCAAUAGGAGACCAAGGUUAUUUUUCUAAUGGUACCAACAGGCGUGGCUGGCUCAAGCGCUUGGAGCCUAAAAACUCCACCAGGCGGUCUUAUAGGGAAAAAUGGCUGCCUAGACGAAAGUCUGUUUCAUCUGAAGUUUCUAGAAAUCUGAUUUCUAGAGAGAGGAAAUCCACACACGCAUCUACUGCUUUUACAGGUCCCAAGACCCUUGCCCAGAUUAAAGAAGAGAAGAAAAAAACUGAAGAAAAUGGAGGGAAAAUGAGGCAUUCUGGCAGAACUGCAUUAGCGGACUUCCUGGGUCCAAAGCCAUUGAGUGAAAUCCUCAAGGACAAAGGGGGGCUAGAUACUGUAAGGGAUGGAAAUUCUAGCAGCGGCUAGCGAAAAAAGAAAAACUUUUGGAGUUGAUAGAUAUUACGGUCCUUAGCCUUUUCUUUAUUUUUUUUGAAUUUACAAAAAACAAAUGAUACCUUUGUAGAAGACGAGGAUGACAAAUUUUGCUUUAGUUAGACCUCUUGGCAGAUUCUCUCUAGUCUUAAAUCUGCUGGUCCGAACUUUUUCUCUUACUACUGGCUUAGAAUGACGAGGGCUCUAAGGAAUCAACCUACUUUUGGAGUCUUUCAGUA